CUUUUAUCUUUCCAGUUCGGGGUCGUCGUGACAGGGUUUCGGGUGGCUUUCUAUUAGCGCUUUUCAUUGACCCUACCUCUACCCAUGUAUCGCGAAGCGUACAGAUAAGAAAAGCCAGCAAGCACCGAGCUCCAAGCAACAGACGACCAUGCUGCGGAAAGGAACCAAGAGAUCCGCAGAUGAAGCCUUCUCGUCGAAGUCUGGUUCUGUGAAGGACAAGUUGGAACGGCAUCGAUCUAGCACCGCGCAGAAUGGUGCGACAACCAAAACCGUCGAUUUCGGGGACCGGCCAGCGAAGGAUGACAGCCACAAGAGCGGCAGCAAGGGCCCAGGUUUGAAGGAGCGAGCUCGUCUAUUACUACCCGCCAGACAAAAACUACCCAUUUACAGCAACGCCGACCAAAUACGGCAGAAGGUCAGGGAUCACGAUGUGCUGCUACUGGUUGGAGAGACGGGAUCGGGCAAGUCGACGCAGAUCCCGCAGUUUCUGGUGAAUGAACCCUGGUGCAAGAAGCAGAAAGUCAGUGGAGGUGGCAGUGUUGGAGGAUGCAUCGCUAUCACGCAGCCUCGAAGAGUGGCCGCGAUUUCCCUGGCCCGUCGCGUGGCCGAGGAGAUGGGCACGCCGCUGGGGAACUCGAGCCCUGCGUCUGAAGUCGGCUACUCAGUGCGGUUUGAGAACAGCACGAGUCCCUCGACAAGGAUCAAGUUCUUGACAGAGGGCAUGCUUCUGCAGGAAAUGCUGCGGGAUCCUUGGCUGAAAGAGUACUCUGCCAUCGUGGUGGAUGAGGUCCACGAGCGUGGCGUCAAUGUGGAUCUGGUGCUGGGGUUUCUCAGAAGGAUGCAAGAUCUCAGGAAUGAAAAGGAUGGGAGGGGUGGCGUUGCAUUGAAGGUUGUGGUCAUGAGCGCGACGGCAGACAUGGAGAAAAUUCAGCACUUCUUCGGCACAAGCCAUGAAAAUCACCAAGAUCGUGCGAAUGCCAAUGGGGAGUCUCAUGGAGCAAAAAACAACUGGUCCGGUUUCUCUGAUGAUGGGAAUGGUACCGAUAACGAAGAUACCAGAACGAAACACGGCCCCAGCAUCGGCAGUGGUGUUGCAGAACACAAGUCCGGAACAGAUGCCCCUUCCAAAGCAACCUCACUUUUCGUCAAAGGCCGUCAAUAUCCUGUGACCAUCAACUAUACGCCAACGUCAGUUCCAGAUGUCAUCGAUGCGGCAUACCAGCGGAUACUGCACAUCCACACGCAUACUCCUCUACCAGGGGACAUACUCGUGUUCCUCACGGGCCAAGAAACCGUCGAAUCCCUCCUAAGCCUGGUAGGUUCGUGGUCACUCUCGGUCCAAAAAGAUCCCAAGCAGUCCGCAACGCUGCCCAAACUCCUCAUCCUCCCGCUUUACGCUGCUUUGCCUUCGAAUAUGCAGCAACGUGUCUUCCAACCAACUCCCAAGUUCACACGCAAGGUGAUCCUCGCCACAAAUAUUGCCGAGACCAGUAUCACGGUGCCCGGGAUCCGAUAUGUAAUUGACACAGGGAAGGCGAAGCAGCGACUCUUUCGCCCUUCUCUGAAUCUGGACACCCUUCUUACCGUGCCCAUUUCUCGCAGUUCCGCGAACCAGCGUUCUGGGCGAGCUGGACGAGAUGCACCGGGAACUGCAUAUAGGUUGUACACCGAAGCUGAUUUCUACCAACUGGCUCAGGAUACCGAACCUGAAAUCCUGCGCUGCGACCUCAGCCAGCUUGCACUGACACUCAAGGCGCAUUCGAUAGAUAACUUGAGCGAAUUCCCGUUCCUGACUGCUCCGCCACGAAGAGCUCUGGAGAGGGCGAUGGUCCAUCUCCUUCAGCUCUCUGCACUGGAUAGUUCGAGCGGGCAAAUCACACGUCUAGGCCGAGAGAUGAGCGUGUUACCCCUGCCUGCGAGCUUGGCGAGGGUGCUUCUUGCCAGCGCUGAACCAGCGUACGAAUGUGUCGAGGAAAUCAUUGACAUAGUGUCGGCGUUGAGUGUUGAGAACAUCUUCCUCAACAUCCACAACCGUUCUGCCCCGACAUCUGGCGAACUGGUCAAAGCUACUUCGAAGUCAUCUCCAAGCUACAAUGACUCGGAUCCUGAAGAAGAUUCCUCAGAAGGCCGGGCCCAGCAAGCUCGGCGCCAACUCUUCCGCCGCGAAGGGGAUCACCUCACACUGCUAGCCACCAUACAGGCGUAUGUGGCUGAGAACACAGAUCGCCGUCGUUGGUGUGAAGAGCGGUACAUUUCGCACCGGGCUAUGAGCGGCGCCAUGGAUGUCAGGAAACAACUCACCGCGCUGAUGGAUCGAUAUCGGCGCAAGGCCCAGAGCGAGGGCAAAACGGGUGGGAAAGCAGCACGGAAUGUCGAUCCGGGGCGGGAUCACGACAAGACCACUCUACCCACUCGCAUCCUCAAGUGCAUUAUGACCGGCUUCCACCCCAACGUCGCGCGGCUUUGCCCCGACGGGAGCUAUCGUACGAUACUCACGAACCAGGUUGUGGCUAUCCAUCCAAGUAGCGUGUUGUUCUCGCUGCCUACCAAUACCUCUGGAGAUCAAGGUGCGAGUGGCCGCGGCCAGCAAAGGAGGUAUGAGGGCAUCAUGUACAAUGAAUUUGUGUACACCGGCACCAAGGCGUAUGCCCGUGGUGUGAGUGCGGUGGAGAUGCGAUGGAUGCAGGAACUUCUGGAUACGUGAUAGAUUCCGACUUGAUGUGGGAGCUUGGAGGCGCCACCUACACGUACAUUGGGGCCAAGGCCAGUCAAUGACGUCUUCUAUCCAUAAUAUUAGCGAGGUAGCGGUCGGUGAAUACGAGGAGCAGGAGGAGGUACGGGUGACUCGUACCGAGGAUACCUGGCUAGUCGCAGUCUCACACACUG